GCCAUUCUUUGACAGGUCUCGUUGCUAACCAGUGGCUGUCCUUGGUUACCCAUUCAACAAAGAGCGCAUGAAACAAAUUAGAAGUGUUGAGUGGAGUUAUAAGAAACUUGUCAGAAGUGCGGAGAGGACGUGGGACGACUUAUUCUUAAGACAAAUUUACCACAAGGCCAGAAAAAAGCCAAGAUCGCUGACGGCCAUGCUGAAUAUGUAGGAUGUACAAAGACUACAGAUCAAGUCGAGUCACAGGUGUACGGUUGUUCACUCACUGCAUGGCAGAAAGAGCAGAGGCCUUUGACAGGAGAAAGAGGAUUAGACUGCAAACCAAAGAUUCUUAGACUCAACGCUCUGCCCUUUGAUCCAGCAACUAACAACGACCCACUCCAGUUCAACAGUACCAGCGGGCCACUGGUGACUGAGUGUGUUCCCUUGGAAAACACUUCUGAGAGCAGCAAGAAGAGAAAGAGAGCCAGCCUGCCUCCUCCAGAAGGUAUCUGUAACAUAACAAUGGACUCCAACUCAAUGACGAUGCCCAUGUCAGACCCCAACCCCUGGGCAACAGCCAUGAACAACUUGGGGAUGCCUCCAAUGGGAAUGACUGGACAGCCACUCAUGCCAGAUUUUGACCCAAACCUUAGCAUGAUGGCUGGAAUUACCCCCAUGAACCCGAUGAUGCCCGGCCUCGGUAUGGUGCCUCCGCCCGUCUCCCAGGACGUACCAGUUGUAAAGGAGAUCAUCCACUGCAAGAGCUGCACCCUGUUUCCCCCCAACCCCAGGAUGGAGAUGUUUCAUUAUGAUGAUUUUUGCAGUAACCAUCCUGCUGAUUUUCCAUCUUUAGAGUACCUUCCUCCUCCAGCCACAAGAGAGCGCCCUCCAGGAUGUAAGACAGUGUUUGUUGGUGGUCUGCCAGAGAACGCCACAGAGCAGAUCAUCAUGGAGGUCUUCGGACAGUGCGGUGAUAUCACAGCUAUACGCAAAAGCAAGAAAAAUUUCUGCCAUAUCAGAUUUGCCGAGGAGUUCACCGUGGAUAAGGCUCUUUUCCUGUCUGGUUAUCGAAUCCGUUUGGGUUCCAGCACAGACAAAAAAGACACUGGUCGACUUCACGUGGACUUUGCCCAGGCCAGGGACGACCUGUAUGAAUGGGAGUGUCGCCAGCGCAUGUUAGCCAGAGAGGAGCGUCACCGGCGCAAGAUGGAGGAAGAUCGCCUCCGGCCACCAUCCCCUCCGCCAAUUGUCCACUACUCUGAACAUGAGUGCAGCCAGCUGGGGGACAAGAUCAAAGAUGACGGCAAAUUUCCAGAAGCGGUGCGUGUGCUGUUUACCUGGCUGGAACGAGGCGAAGUCAACCGCAGAAACGCAAACAACUUCUACUCCAUGAUUCAGUCCUCCAACAGCCACAUCCGCCGGCUGAUGAGCGAGAAGAGUCAGCAUGAGAAGGAGAUGGAAGAGGCCAAAGACAAGUUCAAAACUGCUCUGGCUGGCAUACUCGCACAAUUUGAACAGAUUGUGUCUGUAUUCCAAGCUGCUUCCAAACAAAAGGCAUGGGACCAUUUCUCCAAAGCUCAGCGCAAGAACCUGGACAUGUGGCGCAAACAAGCAGAGGAGAUCAGAAAUAUGCACAAUGAGCAGCUGAUGGGCAUCAGACGAGAAGAAGAGAUGGAGAUGUCUGAUGAUGAUAUGGAGGAUGCCCCUGACAGCAAGGACUCAGAGGAUUCAGGUGUUUCUCAAGCAGAGGCCUUAAAGGAGGAGAACGACUCCCUUCGCUGCCAGCUGGACGCCUACAGGAAUGAAGUGGAGCUGCUCAAACAGGAACAAGGCAAGAACCAACCAAUCAGAAGCGAGGAGGACAGCACUCACUCACAGCAGCUCAGCUUCCUGCAGCAGGCUCUGCAAGGCAUGCAGAAGCAACUGUUAAAAAUGAGGGAAGAACUGAAGCAACGGGAGGCUGAACUGGAGAAGAGUUUGGAGGACAAACAGCAGCUGAAGACACAAGUCCAGAAUCUGAAGGAAGGUCUUCAAAAAUUGCAAAACACACAAAUUCAGCUGGAGACCUCGAAACAAGACGACAGAGGCAGCGAGGAGAGCAUCAAUCUAACUGGCGAAGCCACAAUGUCAACGGUGGUGUCCUGCAGUCAGGAGAAGGAAGGUCCCACAGAGAAGAGUCAACCAAGUCCCAUCCACUCUGAGAGGGAAGCUCUGCUAGUUGGAAUCAUUUCAACCUUCCUGCAUGUCCAUCCGUUUGGAGCCAGCAUCGAGUACAUCUGUUCCUACCUGCAGCGCUUAGACGCCAAGAUCAAUCCCAGUGAGGUGGAGGCUCUUCUUUCUCGGCUACCCUGCACCUUUAGACAGGAGCUGACUGGUGUCGGAGCCAGUUUGGAGAAACGCUGGAACUUCUGUGGCUUCCAGGGCAUCAAGAGCACAUAGACUCUGCUGCUGACACUUCUGGGACGUGGAAGAGAGCGACAGGCAGACAAGGCAACAGAGACUGUGUAGCAAUGUGAGAGACACAGUAUAAAGCCCACAACUAUCAAAGACUCGGGACUGUACCUGACUGUACAAGGACACAGAGAACUGAUCUCAGAUCAAAUGUGUUA